AUGUGUGAGGUGAGCAGUCAGGGAGGAAGAGGAGGAGGAGGAGGAAGGAGUCUGCAGGCGGGGGCCAUGGGGCAGGUGAGAGUUUUCUAUCUUCAUGUUCUCUUACCACAGAUCCUUCAGACAGUGCGAGCCCCGGGACAGAGGCAGGCAGCUGGAAUUGAGGUGGAGCUGAAUGAGAUCGAGUCCAGCUGUGAGGAGUAUCCUCUGACACGGGGCUUCUGUCACCUGAUCAGCACAUUGGUGGAGAGCAGCCUGCCUGUUAAUUUAGGGGCGGGGCUACGCGCACCCGGCUUCCAACCAUACCUGAACUUCUUGCGUGACUCUGUGUUCCUCCCCUUCCCCACCCGAGCAUAUCGCCAUCCAGCUGAGAAGUGGGAGGUUGCUGACGCUGUGCUGGAGGUGUUCCACAAGCUGCUGCGGGACUACGAGCCCCAGCCCUCAGACUUUGUCCAGGAGAUAGUGGAGCUACAGGGCGAGCAGCUCGCGGCCCACAAGCCCCCGGGCCACAGCCUCAUGUUCCACCUGUUGAACGACUCGCCCACGCUGACGCUCUGCCUCAGCCUGCUGGAGGAGGGGGUGCGCCAGCUGGACACCUAUGCACCCUUCCCUGGUAAGAAGCACUUGGAGUCGGCGGUGCUGCGCGUCCUGUGCCUGCUGGACUUGGCCCUGCAGAAGGAGGUGGUGUUCAUGGACCUCCUCAGGGAGAGCCAGGCCUCCAUGCUGGUCUCCCCCUUGGAGCAGCUUCUCCAGGGGGUCAGCCCUCAAACACGAAGGGCCGAUCACAUAGUCAAUAUUGGCAGGUAUCUGUACCACAGCAGCUCCAACCCAGAGGCUUCCUUCCAGAGUGCCAAGAUCCUGCGUCGUAUCGCCAACUACCCCAACAUUCAGAACAGGCUGGUGGGAGAUUUCACACAUGACCAGGCUGUGAGUGAAAAGCUAAUGGCCGGCUUUGUGGAGUGUCUCGACAAUGAAGAGGCCGAGGAGGGAACAGAGAACGGAGAUGAAGCUGACGCACAACAGAAGGUCGCAAGAAUCCGACAUGAAACACAGAUCCAUCUGCUGAACCUGCUCAUCACCUCCUUGGAUCUGAAGACACCAAACCUGGCCCUGUACCUUCUGGGAUAUGAAGUCAAGAAGCCUGUGUCCUCCACCAACCUCCAGGACCCAGGUGUAUUGGGGUGUCCACGCAGCUGCCUGCACGCAAUCCUGAGUCUGCUGCAGAGAGGCACAGAGAAGAGAUCAGGACCUGUGCUCACUCAGCAGGCCCCUCACCUGGCUGAGCUCUGCUACCAGGUGAUCUACCAGCUGUGUGCCUGCCCCGACACAUCUGGACCCACCAUGCGCUAUCUGAGGACCAGCCAGGACUUCCUGUUCUCUCACCUGCAGCACCUUCCCUUCAUCCUGCCCAGUAAUCAGAUCGCCGCUCUGUCCCAGAUGUCGUGGCUCAUGAAAACAGCUGCCAUCGAGCUGAGAGUGACCUCGCUGAACCGCCAGCGCUCACACACGCAACGCCUCGUCAGCCUGCUGUUGGACGACCAGCCUCACACUCAGCGCACAGCUGAUGGAGAAUCAGGAAUGGAAGAAGAAACCAGAUCAGUCUGUGGCUUCCUGCAUUUCGACACUGUUUCUAAAGUACGCAGGAAGUUGCUGAGCGUGCUGGACGCCAUCGACUUCAGUCAGGAUAUGCCUGAGCUGCUGCAGCUGGACUUCUUUGAGCGCACUCAGAUAGAGCAGGUGAUCUCUAACUGCGAGCACGUCAACGAGCAGGGACACACCGUGUGCAACGUCAAGUUGCUUCAUAGAGUGCUUGUGGCAGAGGUGAAUGCACUGCAGGGAAUGGCAGCCAUUGGACAGAGGCCGCUGUUAAUGGAGGAGGUGAACUCCAUCCUGCAGCAGGUGGUGGAGCGCAACCGCGUCCGCAGGAGUUUGAGUGCAAAGCGAAACGCACUGCGGUCGUGGAGGAGCCUGGUGGAGACGCUGCUGACCGCCUGCCCCGCUGACCUCAUCCCUGCUGACGACAGGCAGCUCAUCAUCAGAGACCUGCUGCUGGACCUGCAUGACAAGGUGUUAUCUGAGGAUGCAGCAGGAGAACUGAUGCCCAUUGUCGCCGGGGCAGUCUUCACUCUGACAGCUCACCUCAGCCAAUCAGUCCUGUCCGAGCAGCAGCAGGGGGCGGGAUUAGAAGUCUCCUCUGGCUUCGCCUCAAUCGCCAACUCCGCCCUGCAUCUGAUUCUCCGCAAGCUGCUGGACUUCAUCCUUUGUACUGGAGGAGGAUACCAGCGCCUGCGUGCUCACCUGUAUGGCUCCCUGCUGUACUACCUUCAAAUCGCCCAGAAACCUGACGAACCAGACACUCUGCAGACAGCGGGGAAGGCCAUGUGGGAGCGUCUCACUGCCCCCGAGGACGGUUUCUCCAAACUGCAGAGAGAGAAUCUCUCUAUUAUCGAGAGCUAUGGCAAUUCUCUGAUGGAGGUGGUGUGUCGGGACGCCUGUGACGGCCAUGAAAUCAGCAGGAUGUUGGCUCUGGCGGUGCUGGACCGGAUCCUGUCCAUAGACCGGCAGAACCAGUGGCUGGUGUACGUCUGCAACAGCGGCUACCUGCGCUCGCUGGUGGAGAGCCUGAGGCAGGACGACGUGGCCCUGCAGACCCUGCUCACGCCUCAGCCCCCCCUCCUCAAACCACUCUACAUCUACGAGAGCAAGAUGGCUCUCCUGACCCGCGUGGCUAAGACGGGUCAGGGCGCUGUGGAGCUGCUGCGCUGCGGCCUGGUGGCACAGCUGAUCGAGUGUCAGGUGUUUGACAUGGUGCCUGACAGCGAUGCACACAGGGUGGUGAGGGACCCCUCAGGCUUCAUCCCCAGCCCCAUGGACCGCUACCGGCAGAUUCUCUUACCGACCUUGAGGCUCUUCCAGGUGAUCCUGACCUCUACCACCCUGAACCACCAGCAGGGGGCAGCACAGGUUCUCCAGUGGCUGAUAGUGCACUCUGACACCAUUCAGUCCCUGUUGCGCUGUCCGGAGCUCAGUAUGGGAGCUUUGCAGGAGCUCUCCCUGCUGACUGGCAUCAUCAGUAAGACAGCUCUGCCAGGGGCCCUCGAGUCAGGCGGUGAGGUCAACAGUGCGGCUCUCAUGGAGUUCCAGGGUCACAUCAACAGAUUCCAGCGUCUCUGUCUGUCCCUGCUUGGCCGUCUGGCAGGCAGCGAGAGGGAGAGGUUACUGAAGCAGGCCGAGAUCUCUGCGCCUGCUGACUCGGCAGAAAGGCGAGAGGAGAUGGAGGUGGCCAUGCAACAGGUGUGUGCUAACAUCAUGGAGUACUGCCAGACGCUGCUGCUGCAGAGCUCGGCGCAGGCUCAGUUCAGCAUCUGCCUCUUCAGCCCGUCAGGCAGCGAGCCAGCGGGCCGGGACGGGGGCCGCGCAGAUCUCUCAUCCGCCCUGCCAUCAAUGGCGUACUCCCGGGCCCCCAGCCUGGGUCUGGUCAUGUACCUGCUGAAGAACAGCGCUGCGGAUUUCUUCCGGUUCCACCAGAGUCACAGACAAAGCCUGGGCAAGCUGCAGAGCCUGGACCAGCUGCCUCCUGACGAGCUCAAGGAGUUGUGCCAGGGCCUGGUGUCGGGCCCCGGAGGCGUGGAGAAGAUCUCCUCAGUGCAGAGGAGCCUGCUGGCCAAGAGACGACUGGUCCAGCUGAUCAACAACAGAGCCAAGCUGCUGGCCCUGUGCUCCUAUGUUAUCGAGACGUGUUUGUUUGUACUGUGGCGCCACCUGGAGUACUACCUGUUGCACUGUACUCCCACCGACCCCAAGGACUCCCCGAUGCCUGGAGCCAGUUUGUAUAGAUCUCGGCUCACAGACGAUUCCUUUGGCGGGCUGCAGGGAAGCGGAGGUCGCGUCCUCGGUCUAUCUCGGGUCAGCCAGCAAGACCUGGACCUGCUGAAGAGCGACAUGGCCACAGGUUUCGGAGAGGCUCUGCAGAGGAAGCUGCUGGACGUGGAGGGUCUGUACAGCCAGGUCCGCUCCCGCUACACCUUCAUCCAGGCCCUGGUCCGCAGGGUCCGCGGCCUGCUCCGACAGCCCAAGAGCUGAGGAGACACGCAAACACAAAGACUGUCCAAGAGCCACAGUCUCACCUGGACUCAGAAACUCUGCCACACAACAUCAGAGAACAACAAAGGACUUCUGGCUACAUAGCUCCUUCUGACUGACCUGUAGCAGCUCCUCUAUGGAAUAUUGUGGGAUGGUAACGUGACAGCACGUGACCUAAUUAUGUUUGACAAGCGCUUCUCAAAGAAGUGAGAAAGGAUAACACACUUAUGACAUUUUUACUCGUUAAAAAUAUUUGAUAUCAUUUGUUUGGUCUGAUUCCUCUCCCUCUUUUUCUUUUGUGAAAUUAAACGUUUUCUAAAUCUGUAAA